CUCAGAUUUACAUAAAACCUAGUUUCGAGUCAUGACUCUACCGUACCCCAGUGAUGCAUCAGGCUUUACUUGUUCCCGAAGUCCUCCUGGAGAUAUUCGCCUAUUUGAGUAUCAUAUCAUAUACUCAAACAACAUCGACCCAGAAAUUGCUUGCAGCGCUCGCAAGGACAUGCAAAAUCUUCCACGAGCCUGCGAUGUAUUUGCUGUGGACUGAAAUCCAUGGGUUAGAACCACUGCUAGGCUGUGUAACAAGGUUACAUCCAUUGAUAUAUCAUAGUGGUACAUGGUGGGACGACUCGGACGAGCCCUGGACGAAAGGUGUUGAGCCAUUAUCUGCCCAUGAGGCCCAUCAAUUUCUGCGUCACUCCUCCCGUAUACGCACAUUGAACAUAAAAUCUGAACAUCCGCAUCUUCUCUCUGUCAUCCCCGCCGAGGCAUGCGUAUUUCCGAGGCUGAAGUCAUUAAGUCUUUCCACCACAUAUUUGAACCUCUUUCUGCCUCACAUGCUGCACCGAUGUCAUCUAUUGAGCGUCGACGAGGGUCUGCAAUCUUUUGUGACACGUUGCAUUGCUUUGGAGCAUUUAUGCAUCUACACUCCUCACGAUGUUCACGGCACAGCAAAUGAGCUGAUAUCCGAUAGGAUUCAUUGGUGCACGCGGGUUGUAACUCUUUCUUGUCCAAUACUCGACUGAGCAACAUGGAAGCGCCUCUCCUCCCUCCCUACUCUUCUCAAAUUGAACAUUGAUCAAGGAUAUAAUGACCUUCCUUCGCUGUCACAACGAGAUAUCGUGAAUUUAUCAUUCCUUAACAUCACAAGUCUUUCCUUUCGACAGCUGUAUGACGCUGCAGACAUCAUCACAGUCAUACAACAUUCGCAAUUUCCCUCGAUGAAAGAGUUCGAGUUUGAAGCCCAAUUUCUG